UAUAAAAGCUUAUGCAUCUCCAAACUCAUCUAAAUACACGAUAAUACAUCAUGUCUCCUUUGUUAUAUUAUUCCCUCCUUUCCCUUAGUUUCAUUUUUACCUUGAAACUUUUACUACAAAGAAGAAAGUUUAAAAACCUUCCACCAAGUCCAUCAAUAACUCUUCCCUUAAUAGGACACCUCCACUACAUCAACCUCCCACUCCACCGUUCCCUUCACAACCUUUCACAAAAAUACGGCAACAUCUUCUCUUUAUGGUUCGGGUCACGUCGUGUUGUUGUUAUCUCCUCCCAAGCCCUACUUCAACAAUGCUUAGCCAAACACGACGUUGUUUUAUCAAACCGACCUCAUUUCCUCACCGGAAAAUAUCUUUUCUACAAUUACACUAGCUUAGACUCCGCCCCUUACGGAGACCAUUGGCGUAACCUUCGUAAAAUCAUCACCCUCGACAUCCUCUCAACGCAACGUCUCAACUCCUUCAGAGAAACACGAAGGAAAGGGACGUUGAAGCUUAUAACAAAUCUAGUCCGCGACUCGUGUGAUGGGUUUACACGAGUUGAGCUAAGGACGAGGCUAACCGAUAUGAUGUUUGAUAAUAUGACGGCAAUGGUUGUUGGUGAUGCCGCGGAAUUUAAAAAGUUUAAAGAGAUGGUAUCGGAGAUGAUGCCGUUGUUCGGGGCGAAUAAUAAGGGAGAUUUUGUUCCUUUACUUAGGUUGUUUGAUUUUGAUGGUAUGGUUAAGAAGAUGAAGGAUAUUGGGAAGAGAGGUGAUUUGUUUUUGCAAGGAAUUGUUGAAGAGAUUAAAAGUGGGAAGCACAAUGAAAAUACAAUGAUACAACAUCUAUUGACUUUGCAGAAAUCUCAACCUGAGUAUUACUCUGAUGAGAUUAUCAAAGGGCUUAUUCAGGGAACAUUCCUUGGUGGAACAGACACAAUAGUUACGACUCUAGAGUGGGCAAUGUCUGCUUUAUUAAAUAACCCAGAGAUAUUAAAAAAAGCAAAGGAUGAAUUAUACACCAAAAUAGGCAAUGAUCGUUUGGUAGAUGAGUCAGACAUUUCAAAUCUUCCAUACAUUCAAAACAUUAUCUACGAGACACUAAGAUUAUACUCUCCUGCUCCAUUACUAUUACCUCGUUUUUCUUCGGAUGAAUGUAAUAUCGAAGGUUAUACUAUUCCACGUGACACUAUAGUUUUGAUUAAUGCAUGGGCCAUUCAAAGAGACGAUGAAACUUGGAAUAAUGCUGCAUGUUUUAAUCCAGAGAGAUUUGAAAAAGAAGGUGAGGUAAAUAAGUUAAUUGCAUUUGGUUUUGGAAGAAGGGCUUGUCCUGGAAUAGGUUUGGCAUAUCGUACAAUGUGGUUGAGUUUGGCAUUGUUGAUUCAGUGUUUUGAAUGGAAACGAUUAAAUGAUGAAGAAAUAGAUAUGGCAGAAAAUAGUACAGGGGUUGUCAUGGAAAAGCUUAUUCCAUUAGAAGCAAUGUGUAAAGCACGACCAAUCGUCAAGAAAGUUGUCCAAGAAUUGAUUAUCUAGUGAGCACAUCUGUGCAAUAAAAUCUACAUUGACACUGUAUAAAUGUUUUUGUAAAAGUUUUAAAUAAGUGAUUUUUACAUAAAUUUAUGUUUUUUUUUUUUU